AUGGUUGGAUACCGAGUCAUGAAAGUCUGGAAGGAAAAGUCUCUCGGCAAUGGGAUGUUGCAAAAAAGCUGGCUCGUCAUGUUGCCCGGCGAUAGCGUUGCUCCACACGUGUAUAAAUCGACGAGCCGGAUGAAGGCAGCAAAUUCUUACGCAACCUUCUCAACACACUUCAAGCAAGUCACAGUAGCUAUUACUGGUGGCACCUCCGAUGGCGACAUCCUCCUCAUCGAAGUUGAGCCAAGCUCGACCAUUACAGUUCUCAAAGAACGCAUAGAGUUUCAGACCGCCAUCCCUCCAUCCCAGCAAGUACUUCGCUACAAUGACACGCAGCUCGAAGACGAGAAUAAGACACUUGAACAGUGCAGUAUCGGCCCUGACGCAUUUCUCGCUGUCUCCGCACGAAGGCCACCCCAACAAGGGAGAGCCCAGCCUGGAGCAAGCAGAGCUGGACAGUCACAGAAUCGUCAGCGCGCUCCUGGAGAAAGUCAGGCACCGGAUCUAAAUAAUCCAGAAAUGCUUCGUCAAAUGUACCUUACCAGUCCAGUGCAUCUUAACAGCUUAAGGCAACAAAUUCCUAUGUUGGCAGAUGUGAUCAACCAACCCGAUCGGUGGCGUCAGCUGUGUGAAGAGUUACAGAAGCAUCAGAGGGAAGUUGAAGAGCAGAACAGGCGAGACGAGGAGCUGAUGGCAAACGACCCUAUGGGUAUUGAGGCCCAGACCCGCAUGGCAGAAAUCAUUCGGUUGAAGGCAGUGGAUGAGAACUGGGAAUACACGCGAGAGCAUCAUCCAGAACUCCUUGCGAGAGUGACUAUGCUUUACAUACCAGUCGAAGUAAAUGGGCAGAAAGUGAAAGCGUUCGUUGACUCCGGUGCCCAGACAACAAUCAUGUCUCCAGACUGCGCUGAACGCUGUGGCAUAAUGCGGCUUGUGAACACACGCAUGGCUGGUAUAGCUCGUGGUGUAGGUACUGCGAAAAUCUUGGGCCGGGUUGGCUCAGCACAGAUCAAGAUCGGCUCAAGCUUCGUAGCUUGCUCUUUUACAGUGAUGGAGGGUAAAGAUGUGGAAAUGCUUUUGGGAUUGGAUAUGUUGAAGAGCUUCCAAGCCUGUAUUGACCUCCAGAAGAACGUACUCAGGAUCCAAAAUGACGAAGUGGCGUUCCUUGGAGAGGCAGAUAUUCCAGGGACGGAGGAACAGAGAGCAGAUGAACCUGUCAUUGAAGGGGAAGAUGGGACGAAAAUUGGAGGAAUCACAGGCACUAUUAAGGAGGAAGGCUCGUCGACUAGUAAAGCUGCUCAAAACAGGGCUGGACCAUCAUCCGCGCACGGCGGUGCGUCGCAACCAGCAGCAGCAGCAGGACAAGCAUCCGCAUCUAUUUCACAAUCUGCGUCGUUUCCGGAGGCGCACAUUUCACAGCUAGUGGACAUGGGGAUGGGACGCACAGAAGCAAUCCAAGCACUGACGCUCGCUGGAGGCAAUGUGGAUAUAGCAGCCAGCCUUGUAUUCAGCUGA